UUUGCACUCUUUCACGGCAGAACCUUGUCCAGUUGUUACUGUAUUUUUUUUGUAACAGCAUUCUCAGUGUUUCACGCUGGAAAUCCAAGCGAAGUAUUUCGACGAGUAGUGAGUAGAGGGCUCACUUUUUUUAAGUUACGUAAAUGGAAGUUCCUCGUUAAUGACUCGCAGGCGCUAGGACUUUACAAUUCCCAGGUGCGAGAAUGGAUGUUUAUCGUCAAAACCAACGCUACGAGCCACUUCGUGCAUCGAUGGCAGUUCCUGAUCCAGAAAUGCUUCGUGCUAUACACCAAAUCUCAGAAGCCCUCGGCAGCUACGAACGCUCCAAGAUUCUCUACUUGUGCGAGAUUUCGGACACAGGCAAUACAGCCGCGCAUAUAAAGGAGACUCUUAAGUCCAAAGUCAAGAGUGACGACAAAGGGCGUCUGUUUUUGGCUGAGCUCAUGCUACAUUUGGGGAGAUAUGACAUCCUCAGGCAGGUGUUUGGGUUCAGCCGGGACGAUGUGGAGAGAGCUUUGAGAUCCGAGCAGGUUCUACCCAGAUUCAGAGUUCUGAUGGCUCACAUCAGCGAGGACAUGGCCAAGGAUGAUGUGAGCAGUGUGAAGUUUCUGCUGGCUCACAUGCUACCGCGUAAGAAAAUCGAAACUGCGAAGGAUUUCCUGGACUUGGUUAUCGAACUCGAGCACGUGGGCAAGGUUUCCCCUACAAGGGUGGACCUUUUGGAGGAAUGUUUAAUGGACAUCGGCAGGGUAGACCUGGCCAAAAAGCUCAAGGUGUACAAGAUGUCAGAGUUUGUCGUCGGUGUGCUCUUCAAAGCCUCGCGAUCCUGGACACAAGUCUUCGUAAGUGUGGACAUCGUCGACGAAAGACAUUCAACAUUCUGCGGCUCUGUGCUUCACGGAGACUUGGCUUUGUGGACGAUUCCCCGACGCCGCUAUCAUGCCGCCUGGCUUCAACCUCCAUCGUGCCGAUGUGUUGCCGAGCUAAGCUAACAAGCUUAAUCGAUA